AGCCACACGGCGCGCGCCAACGGCUUGCGCUCCACUUGACAAGAGAGGACUCCUGCUGUCUCCUCUGCAACUCAAUUCUAUCAAAUAACUGAUAAGGAACCCGUAUCCUUGACACUUGUAAUGAUAUUAUAAUUUAUUAAUUGAUAAACCUCACCCACCACGCAACCAUGUCUCCGCCUCCAAUCCCUGUGCAGGGCCGCAAGCGAUCUCGCCAAGCGUGCCAGACAUGUCGCGAUCUCAAGCGCAGAUGUGACGGUGCUGACCCGUGCGGCACAUGCGUGCGCUUUGAGUACGAAUGCCGCUAUAAGAUUAUGAAACCGCGCAAAGAGGCACGUCGCAGUCCAUCACGCCAAGUCCAUCACCCCACGCACGCGUCACCCGACGACGCAGCUUUGCCACAUCCAGGCGACCUACAGACUCGAUCUCUCGAAGCAAACUCAAGCACGACCUUCUUCCGGGAUCUAUCGAAACGCUUGGACCCGAAACGAAAUCCCCGAAAGAAUACAUUUGCAUGGAACGCUUUCCUCGGCUCACGACAGGCAAAGUAUGGCGGCGUCGCGCUGCCCAUUACAGACAUAUUGUCCCAAGCCCAAAUGCAGCUUGUCACUGCUGCGUACUUGGAGAAAUUGGAUCCAACCUACGGUUUUAUUGACCACGCAGAACUUUCUCGAUCAAUUGAGGCGCGCUGGUCUGUCGGUGUGGUUGGCCCGCUACAGGACGCCAUUCUUUGUGGUGUCGCAGCGCUCGGUUGCCUGUUUUCACAAGUUGAGCCAAGCCAGGUCGAAUCUAACUUGGUGGAGUCUGCUCGAGUUCUGCUAGAUCGAGUAGUGCUUGAAAUUCCAUCGGCCACUGCCAUUACGGCUAUGCUUUUGCGCGUUGUCUACUUGCGGCUCGCGGGCACCCAUUAUCCAGCGUGGAUGGCCAGUUGUGCAGUUAUGCACAUGAUAGACGCAGCUGGUCUACACUUUGAGGAUUCUAGCGAAUCACAUCUAUCCGGUCUCCGCCACGAUAUUGAUAUUGAGCAGAGGCGUCGCAUUGUGUGCGUAGCGCAACAUCUCAACAUAUGGAUGUGCUUUGACAUGGGUUUGACUCGGGUGGCGCUACCGAACCUACCAAUGACAAUGCCAGCGGUUCGCGAAGGUGACUGCACGCGUGAGCUGAUGGAGCUACUGCCAUUUACAACUGAGCUGGAUCCUGCUCGCAAUCCCAGUGUCACAGACUUGGAACAUGCGCUCUUUACUGUGCUUGAUGGUGUCCAUACGCUACCAUCUUCUAUUUUGUGUCAGUGCAACCUGGCCCUUUGCCUCUGUCGGCGCCUGCGUUUUAUGGAAGUCCCUUUGGUGGAACCUGUUUUGCAGCAAGUUCUCGUCAUCACGUCCAAGGGCAUUCAAGCAGCCAGAGAUAUCAUGGUUGCGGGUGCUCCGUGGCAUCAUAUGGCCUAUGUUCCGUUUCAGAUUGUAUGCGUGCUAUUGGCAAUCGACACCGUAUCAUCCAUCUCUCAGCUACGAGACGCCAUGCAGUGCCUCAAGGAUAUUUCACAAGUGUACAACACAACAGCGACGCAGGAAGCUCUGAAAACUGCACGAUCAUUGGUCCUUUUGCAUCAGCGCGGAAAGGAAGUUUUCGCAUCGGCACUCAGUGACAUCCUGAAGGCCUGCCCUGCUGAUGGUGGUGAUGAAGUUCUAACACAGCCAACGGUGCCUCAGCAUGUCCUUGAUGGGUUGGGCAACUUGGAACAAGAUCUCGGCAGUUCUUGGAGCUUCGAUAUUGAUCAGUUCUUGGGGUCAGAUUUCUUCUGGAAUGCCGGUGUAAACGGAUACUGAGCAGAGGACUUCGCACAGCCAUACUAGAAGAUAUACAUCUCGCAGCAGUCAACAACAACAGAUAGUA